AUGCAUACCUCUAGUAUCUGCUCGUUUCUUGCUGCGGCCGCCCUCGCCGGUUUGGCAGCGGCUCAGACUAAAAUCAAGAUCAUGCCCCUCGGAGACAGCAUCACAGAAAUCACCUGCUGGCGCACCACACUCUGGGGCAAUCUCCAAGCCGACGGCGUCACCAACUCCUUCGACUUCGUCGGCUCCAUGACCAACAACCCGCAGAACUGCCAGGGCAACUCCGGCUGGGACAUGCACCACGAGGGCCACUCCGGCUACCUCGCCAUCAAUAUCGCCAACACCAAUCUCCAAGGCUGGCUCGCAUCCGCGAAACCAGACGUGGUUAUGUUCAUGCUCGGCACCAAUGACGUCUCGCAAGGCAAAUCAACCACCGACAUCAUAGCCGCCUACACCAAGAUGGUGCAGCUGAUGCGCGCAAGCAACCCGAAUAUGAAGAUUAUU